AUGUCCAUCAUCGCCCCAGCCAUGCUCGCUCGACGGCUUCCCCGCUCGUCACAACAAGCUUCCUCUCUCCUUCGCUCAUUCACCACGUCCACUGUAUGCCGAGACACCGGCCCUCGUGCCCCAGGAAUGGGCGAUCUCCCAAUUGACGGGCCCGAAAGUUUUAACAAGGCCCAGAAGGAAUUCCGAGAUGGUCUUGAGGCGGCCAAGAAGAGAAAGGAAUUAGCCGACAGUCAGUCCUCUCCUGCGUCUCGUUCUUCUUUUCCUACUGCUACUGCUCCUGAAAGCAAUGAUUCUUCCAUCGUGCAACCUCUCGGCUUGGGCUCACUCUCCAUCGCUCCUUCUGCAGAAGAAGCAAGACAGGCCGAAACAGACACCUCUACCAAACGCGGCUCCGGGGGAAAGCUCUCCAGCUUCAUUUAUGGUACCGUUGAAGGUCAACAACUCGACAAGGACAUGGAACGCUCUUUCUCCCAGGUUCUAGCACGAGGCAAAUAUGUUCACUCCAUCGUCCAACACCAAGUCAAACCCGACAAGGUCAACGAAUAUACCGAUUUGGUCGGUCAUUGGUAUCCCAAGAUGGCCAAUAUGCAAGAGAAUAAGGUCCAUCUGGUGGGGAGCUGGAGAACAGAAGUCGGCGAAUGCGAGACUUUCGUCCACAUCUGGGAAUAUCAACGAUAUCUGGGUUACCACGCUUCUCUACACCACAUUUCCCACCACCCCGAAUUCCCCGCCUUUGAAGAAAAGCUCAAGACUUUGAUCAUAUCCAAAAACAUUUCACUCAUGCAGGAAUUCUCAUUCUGGCCCACCACUCCCCCACGAAAACUCGGUGGUAUCUUCGAACUCCGAUCAUAUACCCUGCACCCAGGAAAUCUGUUGGAAUGGGAAACACACUGGAGGAAGGGAUUGGCCGCACGAAGAGAAGUCAUGGAAGGUGUAGGGGCCUGGUUCGUGCAAAUCGGCGAUCUGAACACUGUCCACCAUCUCUGGCAAUUUGCAGAUCUGGAAGAACGUAAAGUCCGACGAGAGCAAUCUUGGGGUGUGGAGGGAUGGGCCGACACCGUGCACAAGACCGUACCUCUGAUUCAAUCCAUGAAGAGCAAGAUUCUGGUGCCCAUGCCAUGGAGUCCGCGCUCUCAGCCUCUUUCCACAACAGCGUACAAGCUACAGCAGGAGGAUGGCUCUAGCGCUGGGCUGUCCGCUAAUGCAGAGAUCGAAUCACCCAAAAAUGCCUACUCACGACUAGAACAGUUGGCGGACCUCGAGAGGAAACUCGAUGAGUUGCACAAGCGACUCUACGACUCAGUCCAAGAGGCUGUAGACGAGGUACAACCACCGGAUGUCUUCGACUCCUCUCGACCCCUCUCAACUCAGAAUGCCCGAGAUCUCUUGGUGCGACGAGCACAGCAUCUGGUUGCGACCCUGCGCAAUUCGGGAGCCUCUCAGGAAGAAAUCGUUCGGGAGGCGAGACAGAUUUUGGGCGAGACACUGCCGAAUGCUAUACUGAAUGGCGCUGAGUACAAAAUAUACACAAGACUCUACGGAGACCCAAUUCCCGAGGAAGAAUUGGUCGAUGACGAAGAUGACGAAGUUCUCGAGCCUGGCGAAAUGGCUCUCUUCGACCAGGAUGGGCAACGGGUCGAGUAUGAGGUAGGAGAGGAAAUUGAAGAACUCAAAGAUGUCGAGGAUGGGCUAGAAGCUGUCGAAGCAGAGAACGACACGAACAUCGACCUGACGCUGGGUACAGACGAGCCACUCCCCCCUACGUUACUGGUUUCCAACUCGGAAAGAUUACGGGUUAUUGCAAAGACAAUAAAUGGCCAAGUUGUGGAGGAAGAUGAGCACAUUGAAGAGGAUGAAGAAGUCGAUCCUACAUCGAGAACACACCCUUUUACCGCCAUCGGAAAGUGGGCGAACAAUCCUGGAAACGUUCAACUCCCUAUGGAGCGGUUCGUCCGACCCGUGGAGAACAUCAUGAGCGCAUUCUCAAACAAGCAGCUAAAGGAGAUCAGUGAAAAGACUUUCGGUGGUCCAGGACUUCCAGACUCGGCAUUGACCCCCAGAAUCGGUCGGACGAGAGAACAAGUCCCCAUUCCCCUCUCUGCGGCGGAUCACAAUAUGGGGGAGAUGGAAGCCAACUCGUUCAUUACGACCCUUAUGCCUCCUGUUUAUGCCUCCAUCACUUCUGUCCUGGUCGAGACACGCAAACGACUCGGAGCUACCUGGCUGAAUAACGUUCUAGCCAAAGAAGGAGGUCCACGAGUUCUUGAUGCUGGAUCAGGAGGUGCAGGCAUCAUUGCCUGGAGAGAAAUCGUCCAGGCUCAUUGGGACACUCUUCACUCAUCUGAUCUUACUCCACCUCCACCACCUCAGACGAAAUCGGUCGUCUUGACUGGUUCACAUACCUUGAGACAUCGAGCGGCUGAGUUAUUGGACAACACCACAUUCGUCCCCAGACUUCCCGACUACGUUCACAUUCGUGAUGCUCCAACAUUGGGUGACGAUCGCCCUGCAACCCAGAGGAAACAAUUCGACGUCAUCAUCGCUUCACACUCGUUGUUCGGAAUAUCACAAGAAUUUGAGCGCAAUGAACACGUCCAAAACUUGUGGUCAAUGCUGAGUUCUGAUGGAGGUAUCCUGAUCAUCAUUGAGAAGGGAAUCCCACGUGGCUUUGAGGCUGUCGCCGCAGCCCGUGAACUACUCUUGGAGGAAUGUAUUGCAGUUCCAGAGGGUCUCACAACACAUUACAGCAAUCCCUCAGAUGAAAACAACCUUGCGAAUCGCAAGACCGGCAUGAUCGUUGCGCCGUGCACGAACCAUGAACAAUGCCCCAUGUAUCUUAUUCAUGGAAAGUCACGAGGUCGUAAAGACUACUGUAGCUUCCAGCAGAGAUAUACUCGACCAACCUAUCUGCAACGCGUCAUCGGCGCUUCCGAUCGCAAUCACGAUGAUGUGGAUUUUUCUUAUAUUUCCGUCAUGAAAGGAAAAGAUCUUCGUCAGGGCCGGGUGGUUGAAUGGGCAGGCAUCGACGACCCUCUUUCAUACCACCCUCCAUCGUAUCAACCCCCAUCUCCUGUGGCUCCAAAGGCUCUGGAUUACACAUAUUUGAUGAGGAAUGCUGGUAUCGGCUAUGAAAACGUCGACCCCGACACAAAUAUACAAACUUACGCGCUAGAGGAUCCACACCCGGACAGAAUCCCAUCUCUCCCAGGCCCCUGGAAUCUACCACGACUCAUCAUGCCUGCCUUGAAGCGUAAACAGCAUGUCAUCAUGGAUGUCUGCACGCCCCACGGCAAGAUUGAGCGAUGGACAGUCCCGAAGUCAUUUGGCAAACAGCCCUAUCGAGACGCCCGUAAAUCUCAAUGGGGGGACCUUUGGGCGUUAGGUGCCAAGACACGAAUCCCUCGCAACCUCCGUGUCGGUGAAUCCGACAGCAAGGAAGAGAAACGAAAACGGCGUCAUUCGAGAGCUAAAGAAAAGGCUCAGUCUCUCCGCGAUCAAGAGGAGGAACAACGACUCGACACCAUCUCCGAGGCAUGGGACCACGUCCCCCGCGCCGAGCGCGAAGCCAGAAAACGCAAAGCCGAUGUCUUGGCGAAAGCCCAAGCCCCGAAACCCACACCACGAGUGUUCAACGGCGUGGAGACUUUCAGCUUCGACCAUUCCGAAGCACGAGAGAUCGACCCGACCGUGCAAGCACGACCGCGGAAAGCCACACCGUCUAGACAGGCGUCUCACACACGCUCAGAGAAGGGGACGCCGAAGAAACCAACCGCAACAGUCGAGGAGGAACUGACACCUCAAGAGCUCUCGAAUCUGGCGCAGUUGAUGGAACAGUUCAACCCGGAAAAUCUGGAGAAGGGCAUAACAAAGGUCAAAAAUCGGACUGCCAGGCGUGAGUUCAACAAGUUUGAUGGGGAGGGAGCCACAAGGGGAGGAAGGAGGCCUGCCGGGGCGAGACGUCCUUGA